AUGCCCCAUGUGGGGAACAGCUGCAUGGGCGUCCAUCGCAUUGCCUGUCAGAUUAGAGAGCCUACCACUCCUGAUAAGACGGGCCUGGAUUGGGGCCAAAUCCACUCCGCCAGGUGGCCAAUGAUGACAGAGCCAGACACCCUCAGACAUGCUGCUUCACUGCAGAGGGCAAGCCCUCCCACGCUGAGCAGGCAGAGAGAGGUGACCGUGCCCCUGCCUCUCCCCCACCUCCUACCACUGACCACCACUUUCCGCCUGCCCUCCCUCCUCCCUUCCACGACACCACCGAGUUCCCCACUCCUCCUCCCACACCCCCGGAAAGGCAUACACUCGAAGCUCUACCAACCCCCCCCUCCAUCUCCCCACCUUCCUCCUCCAGCCCCCGCCUCCCCUCCAGUACCUUCUGCUCACCAGCGUGAGGACCCUGCUUCCGCACCCUGCCACCCCCCUUUCAGGAGCUCAGAUUCUGAUGGAGCGUUUGAAACCCCUGAAUCCACAACUCCAGUGAAGGCUGUUUCUCCUAUAGAGCCCCAAACUCAGCAACUACCGUCCAGCGAUAAAGUAGCAGACGCCUCAGUGGGUGAUCCUGCCACUGACUCGAUUUCACCUGAGCCACCCUGCCGUUCACUCUCCAUUGUUUUUGAUGAGGACAAGCCCAUCGCAGCCAGUGGCACCUACAACAUCGAACUUUUUGCUACAGAUUCAACAACUCACGGUCUGACACGUUCACUCAGCCUCCAGGGAGGAGAACUAGACACUGCUGGUCUGUUGGAUGGAUCAGCAGUGGGAGGCUUCCGUCCACAUUCCGAAUCCUUCAGCGUGGGCACUGAGAGUGCUCCAGGAACACUCCAUCGGCCCAAGAAAGUCCGUUCUGGGUCUGUGAAAAAGAAGCCUCUUCUCAGACAGAACUCCAACCCAGAGAGUCCAAGGCCAGCCUCAUCCAGCAGCACCCCGGAGAUCAAGAAGCGGGCAAAGCCUAGAACUGCCAACCCUCUCCAGGCCCAGGAGGAGGCAGAGGUAGGAUCUGCAACUCCGAGCCCUGGAGGAACCCUCCGAAAGACCAGGAAGAGCCGUGUGGAGACUCCUCCUCCUCUGCCGGAGGAGAACAAUCAUACCAGCCAGGAGGACAGCCUUGUCAUCCCAUCCUUACCCUUGUGCCAGGAGGAGGUGGCCCCUCACCCUGGUAGUCCGCCAGUCAAAGACGAAUCCCCUAUCCCCCCUAGUAGCUCUUACAAAUGGGAUCCAGAUAAUUUUGAGAACAUAGACCCUUUCAAUACUGGAGGUAGUAAAAUUGCCAAUUCCCCAAUUCUGGGCCGUAAAGAUCCUGUGUGUGCCCCCAUUGCCAUUCCUCCAGAGAGUCCCUGUGUCUCUGCUGUGGAGCCGUGUCCUCCAGCUGCUCUUAAAGAGCCAAUCAUCAACCCUGAAGAGCAACCCAUUAUUCCCAAACGUCAGUCAGUAAGGCUGGAGUUUGACUACUCUGAAGAGAGCGGUGAGGCAUCACACCAGGCCUCUCCCCCACCCAAGAAAGUGGGCAAGAAGCCCGGUGGCAAGAUGCCUCUCAGGAAACCAAAGCUGGGGCUGAAGAAGGCCCCUCCAGCACAGACAGAACAGCUGGACAAUGAACCUCCAGCAACCCACAAUGGCAACGAGGAGGAAAUCCCUGUUCAUAAGACAUCUUACAAUUUUGAGCCUGACAAGUGGGAUGAUCCGAACUUCAAUCCAUUUACCUCUAAGAAAUGUAUCAGCAGCUCCCCCAAACUGUCCAGGCCGUCUUAUAGUUUUGACCCCAAUAACUUUGAUGACUCCAUAGACCCAUUCAAAUCCUCCAAUAAGAUGGCCAACUCCCCUCCCAAGGCCUCUGCCUCCUUUGAACUGUCAUCCAAUGACUACGACAAUGAUAAUGACAAUGACAACAUCGGGGAACUGGAGGACCAAAAUCAGAACAAGCCUGCCAAGAAGAAGAAAACUCCCAUUAAAUCUAAUACUUUCAGAGUGAAGAGGUCACCGAAGAAAUCCCCAUUGUCUGACCCGUCCCAGGAUCUUACACCUGCAGAUGAACCUGCCUCCCUCCACCCACAGGACGACCAUGCAACAGAUGAGGAGAAGCUGGCCUCCUCCACCAGUCAUAAGUGGGCCGCCCUGCAUGACACGGAUGCAGAUUUGAACUCUGACCAACAAGACUUCCCCCAGCCAUGCGACCUUACAUCCUUCGUUAAUGAGAACAGUCUUCCUCAUCAGGCUCCAGCGCAAGACUAUGAAAUUGAGUACAUGGAGAAGAUUGGCUCCUCUUCACCUCCACUGUCUAUGAAGAAGCCAUCUUUGUACCUGAAGUUGGACUCAGUAUCUGACAACUUGACCAAGAAUACGUGUGCACAUGGAUCUGAGCCCAGCUCUCCCUGCACAGGGAGUUUCGAGGAGAUGGAGGCCCAGAUAACAGCGGGUAUGAAGACACCGGUGCUGAGCUCCCGGCCUGGCCUCGAGGGCUCUGCCGGGGACAAGGGCAGGAAGAGAGAAAGCGAGGCACUCAGCCGAACGCAAAGCACAGAGAGGGAUGAGCAGCCCCCUAGCCAGGGCCCCGUGGAGGCCCCUGCUCCAGCUCUGGCCAUGCCCCUGUUAGACAGGCUGUCUGAGUGUGACGACCCCCUGCAGUACCUGGAGCCUGACCUGGCCGAGACCAACCCCAUGGCAUUCGCCCAAAAACUACAGCACAGAGACGUGUCAUCUCCCAUAGAGAGUGCCGUGUCCAAGAACGCGCUGUACGCCAGGACCACCAGCUACAUUGAAGGGGAGAGUCCACACCUGCCCAGGGAGCUGGACCACUCGCUGGGAAUUGCACGAGAGGAGAUCGUGACAAAGGAGAAAGAAGUGCUGGAGUGGCAGAGGAAGUAUGAGGACAGCCGACAGGAAGUGGUGGAGAUGAGGAGAAUUGUUGCUGAGUAUGAGAAGACGAUUGCACAGAUGAUAGAGGAUGACCAGAAAGAGAAGUCUCUCUCCCACCACACCAUCCAGCAGCUGAUCAUGGAGAAGGACCAGGCCUUGGCAGACCUCAACUCGGUGGAAAAGUCUCUGGCCGACCUCUUCCGACGUUAUGAGAAGAUGAAGGAUGUACUGGAGGGCUUCCGCAAGAAUGAAGAGGUUCUGAAGAAAUGCGCUCAGGAGUAUCUGUCCAGGGUCCGCAAGGAGGAACAGCGCUAUCAAGCCCUGAAGAUUCAUGCAGAGGAGAAACUAGACAAGGCUAAUUCAGAGAUAGCUCAGGUGCGGGUCAAGGCCAAACAAGAGCAGGCCGCCUACCAGGCCAGUGUGAGGAAGGAGCAGAUGAAGGUGGAGUCUCUGGAGCGCACCUUGGAGCAAAAGAACAAAGAGAUCGAGGAGUUGACAAAGAUCUGUGAUGAGCUGAUCGCCAAGAUGGGGAAGAGUUAGCGACCACACCACGCCCGGGCCAAAUCUCUCAGAGAAGAGGAGUGGUUGUGGAAAAGCUACUUGGAGAAUGAAGCGUAUCAGUAAUAUUUACCACUCUUCCGAAGACUGAUGGACAUCGAAGGCCAAAACGGUCUUGGGGUAAACUUCCUACUGACUUUGUGCAUACAGGAUCCACAGGAAUGGCUUCCUCUUAAUCACUCUGUACAUUUUUGAUGUGUCAGUGUAUCGUACUGUAUCAGGGGUCUGGUUAAAAGUUUUAGAAAAUGUAUCAUAUCACUAAUGAGUCUGUCUGCGUGCGUGUGAGAGAUUGUGUGUAUGAUAAUGAGCAAAGUGAGAGCGUCGUUUGUGGGUUAAAUUAUCUAUAAUGAUGUUGCCAUGACAGCCACUGAGGGAGAAGACUGUUUACCCGCUCCUGUUGUCCUCUUAAUACAAGAGAAAGGCUUUCAAAAAGAGUAACUGAGACGUAGAUUCAUUCAUAAAACGUUGAUACACCAUUAAGAGAACACAAACUAUCACAAUAUCUUUCUGCAUGUGAGAGAACGACGAACUUGUCAUGUUAAUGUUUGUAUAUGCUGUAGGAAAUUCCAAAUAUGGAAAAGACUCAUCUGCAUUUUUGAUAGUUAUCCUGUCAUCCUCAACCCGUCUCCCUCAUGUAACCUUGUAGAUAUUUGUCAUACUUGUCAUAGCUUUCUCAAUGAAAUUGUGGGACUAUUUUUUGGAUUUUAUUUUGAUAUAAAGCAAACUAAUUGUGACUGUAUUCAGUUGUGACCAGGGGUAAUUUAAUUUUGGAUGAAUAUGUCCUCGUCCUGCUAUGGUCGUUGUGUCACACUGAGGAAUAACUUCUCUGCACAGCCACUGUACAGCAUCUGCUUACAAAGUGCAAUAAAAGAUGGCAA